GUCAGAUCGACAACGCACUCAUUGUGGUAAGAACACUGGUUAAUCGAUAAAUCUAUUGCGCUGAAAGGAGACAGUUAUAGCAGAAGUUUCAAGAUGAAGUUUCUUAUUUCAUUUGUAAUUUUUUACACUUUUGCAGUCUCAGCUCAUGCCGCUGUUUAUUGGACUCGCUGGCUUGACCGAGACAACCCAUCUGGAACUGGCGACUGGGAAACGUAUUCAAGUUUCAAACCCGCUCCCUGCAUACUUGGUUAUAAACCAGUUCGUGCAAACUGCAGAGUGAAGAACAAUAAACAGGCCUGGUAUACAGCAAAUCAAAAGAUAGCUCCUUGCGUGCAGUGCACAUCGAAUGGAAUCGUGUGUAAAAACAGAGACAAUACUCAAUAUUGUAAAGACUACGAAAUCCGGUUUCUUUGUUUCAGACCAUAAGACAUUGUUCAAGAUGCUGAAAAUGUUCUAAAUCAAAGUUUUAAUAAUUUUUUGCCGGUUUGAAUAAAUGUUUUUGUCACUAAAAAACUAUUUUUGUUGUCCUUCUCAAUUUGCGCGCUAACAUCGUUUGAACUAAUGAGCAACGAAUUUAUAUCAAUCGUAUGCGAAUUAAAAAUUCCCAAAUGACAAAAAACCUCUGUUUAUACUCUUUUUAAUGCUCCAUUGCUAUACCGAAUGUUGGCGUUAUCCCGCUUGCUUUCAUGCCAUUUAUCUUCACCGCACGCAUUCCAAGAUGUCACCUUCGGUCUGUUCCUUCCAUUAAACUGUCAUGAUCAAAUAAUGUCACCGUAGGUACUGUGUGAUCAGUGUUCAGAAGUUGUUUUAAAAAAACCCAUGAAAGCAACAAAAAUUUAAGUAUUUUAUAUUUCUUGUAAUUAUAAGCCCGCAUUUAUUAUGACAUGCAAUGUUAUAUAAAACUUGGAAAAUCAAGUUUUCACUUUUAGCAAAAUUUCCCGCUCGUGACCAGUGGC